AUGAGUAGAGUCUGCAUAAACCCAGGCUGCGUCAGCCUCAGAAACCCCCUUAGAGGAGCAACUGAGAGCUGUGUAACAGAUGGAGUAUUUGGAAGAUGCCAGCAAGUCCCGGUGAUAGACAUAUACCAGUAUGAAGUGUCACCGGCCGCUCUGCAGCAUCUGAGGGCCACCCUGCGGAAGCUCUCCCGAACAGGUUUGACAUGGCAGGAUGAUUAUACUCAGCAUGUGAUGGCCCAGGAACUCGCAAACCUCCCCAAAACUUCCCUGCGACAUCCUGAAACUUCCUCAAGAGAGGGUUCCAACCCUGCCAGGACCUCAAAACAAAGCAUUGAUAAUGAAAGAAGGUACCAAUUGGAAAAUGAUGUUACAUCGGCCAAGACACUUCAGCAAUACCUUCCUUACCUUGGGGUCCUGUCUCAGACCUCCACUUCAAAUGUGUACCCCAGGAUGAAGAAUGACAAACCACUAAUUAAGAGUGAUGACCCCCUUUCGGAGAGUAUCCUGACCUAUGUGGCUCAAACCUCCAAAGGAAGUAGUUCAGCGCUGACCUACCCUCCACUAUCUCAAGCCAGCUACCCCGAGGAUCUGCCUCAGCGGACUUUCGGCCCACUCCAGCUGGAUGAGCUCAGCCCUAAGGCGGACAGUGGCCUGGACAGACAGAACUUGAUUGCAGCCCUCAGUGCAUAUGCUGCUCAGAGGCCAGUGGCGAAGGGUUUAGCCAAGACCUCCACACACCCACACCAUGUCCCGGAGUCCCCAGUGCCCUCUGCCGCCCGCUACCAGGAGGCACCUUCUGAGGAGGACGAUGAGAUGGGGGUGCUGUAUCUUCUGCAGGCACGUUUGAGAGCACUGAGGCCAGUCCUACACCACACAGCUAUGCAAAAGUGGCCUUCUGCCCCACGAGAUCCCCAAGAGCCACUAAGCACAGAAGAUGAAGCCUUUGUUCAGAAUCACCUGAAGGACCUGAGGAAACACCAGGUCAGCACAGACAACCUAGACCUCCUGGAGAUCGAUGAGAUGGCCAGUGUGAUUGCUAAUGCCAUGCAAAGUGGAGGCACCGAUCUGGAAGGCAUGGGGAGAGAAGCUGAAGGAAACAUGAGGGAAGAGACAGACAGCGCUGAAGCUGCAUUUUAUGAAAAUGACAGGAAAGGUGAAGAUGGUUUACAAGAUAACAGAGUACAGGAAGAUGAUAAUAAAAUUUAUGAAGAGGUCAAACGCUUAAAUAGCAAACUUGGGGAUCUCUUGAAGGAACAUAAAUCCCAACACUUGCCUGAAACUCUUCCUCUUGCCAAGUCCUUUAAAACAGAUAUCAAGAAAUCAGAGGAUCCUGAAUCUUCGGAAGAAGAGAAGGUCGGAGUUGAAAAUGUCAAGAGUCAGACUUACUUCAAAGAGUUAUUUGAUAAGAAGCCAAAUUCUGAGCCCAGUGUGGAUACACUUGGGGAUUAUCAAAACUGGGUUCCAGGGGCUUUGAAGCAAGAUGAAGGCCUUCAGGCACUAACGCAACAGCACCCAGGCAUAGGCCUGCAAUUAGAAGUCAAAUCUUCUGAUGAAGAGGAAUACGGCUACAUUGUUACAGAAAACGACCCUCUGAGCCUGGAAAAGGGGAAGAAGUUGAUAGAGGACAUAGCACGUCUCCUGAAGGUGCCAAUAAGCACUUUUGCAGACAUCGGUGUCCUGGGACCAGCGGUGACCUUCAGAGUGAGCUCCAAUAUCCAAAACGUGACAACUGCAGAUGUUGCUAAGGCAGCAGUUGACAACAAAGCAACACUUGAAGAAAUGUCUGGACUGAAAAUUCUUCAAACUGGAAUGGGGUCGAAAAGUAAGCUCAAGUUUCUGCCUCAUCAAGUAGAGCAAGAAGACUCCACCAAGUUUGUGGUCCUCACCCUGAUCUCCAUCGCAUGCAUCAUUGGGGUCCUCUUGGCUUCCGGAGUCAUCUACUGCCUGCGCCACAGUUCCCACUACAAGCUGAAGGAGAGACUCUCAGGACUAGGGGGGGACCCAGGUCCAGAUGCCACUGCUGCUUACCAGGAGCUGUGCCGGCAGCGCAUGGCUGUGCGGUCCUCGGAGCGCCCGGAGCCCCUGCACACCUCUCGCAUCAAUAGUGUCUCCUCCCAGUUCAGCGAUGGGCCAAUGCCCAGCCCCUCAGCUCGGAGCAGCACCUCGUCCUGGUCAGAGGAGCCAGUCCAGUCCAACAUGGACAUCUCCACCGGUCACAUGAUCCUGUCCUACAUGGAAGACCACUUGAAGAAUAAGAACCGGUUGGAGAAGGAGUGGGAGGCACUGUGUGCCUACCAGGCAGAGCCCAACAGCUCGCUGGUGGCACAGCGGGAAGAGAACAUGCAGAAGAACCGCUCCCUGGCCGUCCUGACAUAUGAUCACUCCAGAAUACUGCUGAAACCGGAAAACAGCCACAGCAACUCCGACUACAUCAACGCCAGCCCCAUCAUGGAUCAUGACCCCAGGAAUCCUGCUUAUAUAGCAACUCAAGGACCGCUUCCAGCUACUGUGGCUGACUUCUGGCAGAUGGUCUGGGAGAGCGGCUGUGUGGUUAUUGUCAUGCUGACACCCCUCACGGAGAAUGGAGUCAAGCAGUGCUACCACUACUGGCCAGAUGAAGGCUCCAACCUUUACCACAUCUACGAGGUUAACCUGGUCUCUGAGCAUAUCUGGUGUGAGGAUUUCCUGGUCAGAAGCUUUUACCUGAAGAAUCUUCAAACCAAUGAGACUCGGACCGUCACGCAGUUCCAUUUCCUCAGUUGGUAUGACCAGGGCGUCCCUUCUUCCACGCGGUCACUUCUGGACUUCCGCAGAAAAGUUAACAAGUGCUACAGGGGCCGUUCUUGUCCAAUAAUUGUUCAUUGCAGUGAUGGUGCAGGAAGAAGCGGCACCUACGUGCUGAUUGACAUGGUUCUCAAUAAGAUGGCCAAAGGUGCUAAAGAGAUUGAUAUUGCUGCGACCCUGGAGCACUUGCGAGACCAGAGACCAGGCAUGGUCCAGACAAAGGAGCAGUUUGAGUUUGCGCUGACCGCAGUGGCCGAGGAAGUGAACGCGAUUCUCAAGGCCCUUCCACAAUAA